AUGUCCUUCUCAAGCCUGGUUCAGGAUCUGUCCCUCCGUGACUCUGGCGUCCCUCGGCGGCGGGGUGAUGCCUCGGUCUCCACCGUCGACGAGCGCGCUUCCCACGUUUCACGGACAAUGUCGUACGCAAGCACCGCCGCUACGAGCGUGAGCAUCUCGGGCGAUAUUUCCAGCCAGCUCCAUGCCGGCUACUGCCAUCCCCUUGCGAGAUCUUGGCAAGCCGAGCGACAGCUUACAAAGUCGAUGCUCAUCUACCCUCUCUUCAUCUCAGACCAGGACGACGAAGAAGUCCUUAUUCCCUCUUUGCCAAAUCAGUAUCGCCGCGGCAUCAACAAGUUGGUCCCCUUCCUCGAGCCGCUUGUUCGGAAGGGGCUUCGCUCCGUCAUUCUGUUUGGCGUGCCGGUGAGACCAGGCACCAAAGACGCGCUGGGCACCGCCGCAGACGACCCGGAGGGUCCCGUGAUCCGCAGCAUCCGACUCCUGCGGCAGCGAUUCCCUCACCUGUAUAUCGUGGUCGAUGUGUGCUUGUGCGAGUACACCUCGCACGGCCACUGCGGGAUCCUCCGUGACGACGGUAGCCUUAACAAUCAGCUGUCGGUGGACCGUAUUUCGGACGUUGCCAUUUCGUACGCCCGCGCGGGGGCUCACUGCGUGGCGCCGUCCGAUAUGAAUGACGGCCGGAUUCGCGCCAUCAAGCUCAAGCUGAUUGAGGAGGGCAUCGUCCACAGCGUCACCCUCAUGUCGUACGCCGCCAAGUUUUCCGGCUGCCUGUACGGUCCGUUCCGUGAUGCGGCUGGCUCGGCCCCGGCAUUUGGUGACCGGCGGUGCUACCAGUUGCCUCCCGGUGGUCGCGGCUUAGCACGCCGCGCUAUUGUCCGUGACAUUAACGAGGGCGCCGACAUCAUCAUGGUCAAGCCGGCGAGCCAGUACCUGGACAUCAUUAGUGAUGCCAAGGAGCUUGGCAAGGAUCUGCCCAUCGCUGCUUACCAAGUCAGCGGCGAGUUCGCCAUGAUCCACGCAGCGGCGAAAGCUGGCGUCUUCGACCUCAAGGCCAUGGCAUUCGAGAGCACGGAGGGCAUUCUCAGAGCUGGCGCGACCAUCAUUAUCAGUUAUUUUACCCCGGAGUUUCUGGAUUGGCUGUCCAAUUGA